AUGGCGUCUAAUAGUGAUCCUCGUAUUCAGACGAAAAAAAUUAUAUUUAGUGUAUACAAUUUUGUAAAAGCCCUAUCAAGAGAAGAAGAAAUCCAUCCAUUUUUGUUUACUAAUGCUUUUAAAAUUACUGGUGAAAUUUGUAACCGAUCCGAGAGAGCUGUGAGGCGUAUACGCAAAGAAGGUAAAAGAGGUUGGAAAAACGAAAGUCCGGAACAACAAUCCCCUUCGUUCAGGACUUCGCUAAAAACACAUAAACGUGCAAAAUUGUUGAUGAAAUUAAACGAUGAAGAUAAUGACAUAGUACGUAGAACAGUUUAUGAAUUCUAUGAUAGAGGUGAGUACCCAACGUGUCUAAAAGUUUUUAUCGAACUAAAGAAACAUUGGGCUUGGAUAGGUUCUAUCCCGACAAUGCGUUCGCUUUUAAAAAAAUUUAAAUUUUCUUAUAAAAAGUGCAACAACGGUAAAAAGUUACUGAUGGAAAGAAACGACAUUGUUGCAGAACGUUGUACGUUUUUAAGAAAAAUAUGUGCACUUCGCGAAAAAAAAGAUACCCGUCCUGUCGUUUAUGUAGGUGAAACGUGGAUAAACCAAAACGACAGCAGUUCACGCACACGUAAAAAUGUUGCACAAACAGCUAUAUCAGAAGUUCCUACAGUCAAAACAAAAUGGUUCACUAUUUGCUACGCAAGAUCCGUGAAGCAUGAUUUUGUUGAAGAUUUGAAGUUAAUUUUUCGAAAUAAUAAUGCCAGCUGCUCAGAGUACGACCACCAUAUGUCAAUUAAUGCCGAAGUGUUUAAAACAUGGUUUAUUUCAAUGUUGAACAACCUUAAUGAGCCGUCAGUCAUUGUCAUGAACAAAGCACCUUACCAAUCGAUGUUUGUGAACAAUUUUCCAAAAAUGAAUAGCCAAAGAUCCGUUCUUGAAGAGUGGUUGACCAAUCAAAAUAUCGUAUUUUCGUCGGAAGAACGGUUGUCCGAAUUGCGUGAGCGGGUAAAAAAACUAAUACCAACGUGUAAACAGUACGAACUGGACGAAAUUGCGCAACAAAUGGAUCAUGAAGUCAUAAGGUUGCCUCCAUACCCAUGUCAAUACAAUCCCAUUGAGUCGAUUUGGAUAAAGGUUAAAGCAGAUGAGGAAUUGAAAAACCAAAACAACGUUGAUAUGGUAGAUAUUGAAAGAUUGGUGAAAGCGGCUGUGGAUGCAGUCACACAGGAAGAUUGGGAGACGUUUGUUGGACUGGCCGAAGAACGUCAAGAUAUUGAUUACGAAAAAGAAAUUACCAAGGAAAUCAAGUUGGAACCGAUAAUUUCUACACUAGAAAACGAAAAUUGCGAUUGGUCCGUCGAUGAAAAGGAUAGCGAAGACGUAUCCGAUGAGGAUUUUUAA